AAUCACAAGUAGAAAUUCAGUCGCAAUACGCUAUACAGUGGAUUUAGAUAUCUGAAUAAACAACACAGCCCAUGUCUUUCCUCUGUCUUGGGCGUAAUAACAAAACUGAGGGGUGUUUCUCGGCGCCGUCAGUGCGGAGCGCUAUUCGCGCUCUGCCGCGCGCGUCUGUUGGUUUAACUUGGUUAUUGGAGAGGCGCGCGGUCACCGCAUUUCAGCAGAACACCGAGCGCAGGAUGGCCGAGAGUCACGGCGAGAUCAGCGGCCACGACUGUCGGCGCUCGGCUCCGGUACAGACCUUCAACCACAGAUCCUCCAAAUGGGUCCGUUUGAACGUCGGCGGCACGUAUUUUCUGACCACCAGACAGACUCUCUGCCGGGACCCCAAAUCAUUCCUGUUCCGACUGUGCCAAGCGGAGCCAGACCUCGAUUCUGAUAAGGAUGAGACAGGGGCAUAUUUGAUUGACAGGGAUCCCAUGUAUUUCGGGCCCAUACUGAAUUAUCUGAGACAUGGAAAGCUGGUCCUCAACAAGAACCUGACGGAGGAAGGAGCUCUUGAAGAGGCGGAGUUCUACAACAUCACAUCAUUAAUAAAAGUCAUCAAAGAAAAGAUCAGUGAAAGAGAAGCUAAGACGACACACACCCCAGUCAAGCAUGUUUACAGAGUGUUGCAGUGUCAAGAGGAAGAACUUACGCAGAUGGUCUCAACCAUGUCAGACGGAUGGAAGUUUGAGCAGCUUGUCAGUGUAGGUUAUGGGCGGGCCCAGAAGUCAGAGUUUUUCCUGAUUGUGUCUCGGGAGGUGAAGGGGGAGGAGUCAAGCCAAACUCACCCCGCCCACAGUGGAGAGUUGGUCAGUAUCGGCUCCUCCUAUAACUAUGGUAAUGAAGAUCAGGCGGAGUUCUUGUGUGUUGUUUCUAAGGAACUGCACAACCAAUCAUAUAGCAACAGCACCCAGCCCAGUGAGAAAGCCAAGAUCCUACAGGAGCGCGGAUCUAGAAUAUGAUCAUCUAGAGCUCCGGUGUUUUGAGACAUAUCAGUUCUUUCUAGAACAUUCCAUGAGCUUGUUCUCUUCACGCCUCAAAGAGCACUAAAGCACGCAAGCAACACGUGAAGAGCACGUCCACUUAAGGUGCCUGUUAAUCUGUCGGAAUAAAAACUGGGAUGCUUUGUUUUGAUCUUCUGGUCGGGAUCUGAAGAACUGGACCGAUGUAAAUCUCAGGGAUCAAAAGGAAAUGUUCACGUCACUCCGAAUCACUGUCCACCUGUUACAAUCACAGUCACUCUAUAUACAGUGGGCUCCAAUAGUGAUAAUGCUUCAAUUUUGCAUUUUCUAUUUUAAAACAAAUACUUUUUGUUACAGAUGUCUUAGUAUUUGGUUUGUCUCUGUUUUACUUUAAUGACACGAACAAAACCGGAUGAUCAUGUUCACUGUAGGAAAAUCUGAGCACGAGUCACAUGAUCAAUGUCAUUCAUUUACUCACAUUUGAUUAGUCACAUAGAAUAUAGAGAGCAGUAAAUAUUUUGUCUUCAUGGAACACCAGAACUUAUAUUUUGUUUUAACUUUUUCGGAAACUUAAAGGUUCCAGGUUUGUAUUAUGGUCUCUGACUUUUGGACUCCAUUGUCUUAUGAUUUGUAUAAACAACAAAUAGUUAACAAUAGUGAUUUUAAAAAUCGGUACUAAUUUUGCAGUACCGCCACGAUUGUAGUGCUGAGUAACGUUUCUCAGUGUGAGAUUUCAAAAGUUUGGGGUUUGUAAGAUUUUGAAAUAUUCUGCUCACCCAUGCUGCAUUUAUUUGAUCAUAAAUAUAGUAAUAUUGUGAAAUAUUAUUGCAAUAUAAAAGAAGUGUUUUCUAUUGUAAUAUUUUAAAAAAUGUAAUUUAUUCUUGUGAUUUAAAGCUGAAUUUUC